CUGCAUUAUUUAUUCGUAUUUUGUUGACAUACAUGCAUUUUAUUUAUGCAUAUUUAUAUAUCUUUGGCUAAUAUAGAUAAUUUAUUUUAGCAGAUAUAUGUUUUAUAGUAUAUACUAUAUGCUUUAACAGUUAUAUACUGUAUAGAUGAUUUAGUUGUAUACAUAUUUUUAGUAUGUUCUUGGACAAUAUACGUUUUAAAAUUGAUGACUGUUAAGUUUCAAAUAUUUAUUGUAUUUAUUGUAUAAGAAAUCAAGAUUCAAUCAAGUAAAAGUAAUGUUUGCUUUAGUUGCUGACUAUAAAUCUUCUGAAAGCAGUUCCAGCUCUGAAAAUGAAGAAAUUGAACGUCCUACCAAGUUACCACUUCCUUCUUUAUCUGAUCUUGUAGGUGAAAAAAGUUCUUAUACUGACCUUCAAAAAAGAAAACUUAUAAACAACUCAGUGUACAUGAACCCAUAUUUGAAAGCAGAAGAGGAAAGUUUGUCUAAGCUUUCAAAACACAGACCUUUAGUAGAUAUAAAACCAGAAGUUAAGAAAGAGAAACAUUUUUCAAAGAAGAAAAACAAACUAAAGUUGUGUGCUUAUUUUUUCAAACACGGAACUUGUAAGUUUGCAGAUCAAUGUAAAUUUUUACACAGCUUACAAAAUAAUUUAGAAACAGAAAAAAAUAAAGCAAGUUUUCCUGAAGCAUCCCUGUCAAAAGAAACCACAGUUUCUAAGAAGUCUAUAGAAAGAUCAUCAAAAAUUAAAAACAUAGCAUUUUUGGAGAACGCUGAGUUAGCAAAGGUUACCAAUAUAUCUGAAACAGAUGAUUCUAUAUGGGAAAAUAAAAAAAUACACACAAAAAAAAGAGUUGGACUGACAGAUAAUAUUGUUCCACCAAAAAAAGCUUUAAAGGCAUAUAAAAUGACUCAACAAUAGUUUCUGAAUUAUUUUUUUAGUUUUGUUUAAAAUCAAAAAGUUGGUUAAUAAGUAUUUAUGAUUUUAACAAAAAAAAAAAUUUCUAUAAAUAAUUAUCGUAAAAUUCAUAUAUUCAUGUUUCGUGUUGUUCUUCUAUAUUUGAAUUCAGUUUUUAAUUAAGUCUUUGUAAGUAAAUGAGAUAAAAAAAAAUAUUUACUUGA